UUAUCGCCCCUCUGAACUAAUUAGGGAGGAUUCACUGAAGCCAGGGCAUCACACUAACCUCUCUCUUGCCCCCUCUUAUAGGCACCAAACCCUCAAUAUCAAAAUUUCUAUCUUUCUCCUCAUUGUCUGAACCCUUGUGAUACAAUUAAGAUUAGAUCUAGCUGUGAAGGAGCGGUGGGAUUAUGAUGUACAGAAACCACGAAACUCUAUAUGUCUCCUCCUUCUCUGUACCCUCAAUCGUGAUCAAAGCUAGCUGUGAAGGCAACAACGGGGUCGUAGCAUACAAAGCCCACUGAAAUUCCCAUCUCUCACCCCUCUUCUUUUUCUUUCUCCCUCAACCCAACCGAUCUAAUAUUAACUUUCCUCUUUGCCUAAUCCUUACAUGUCUCCUCUCAUUCAUAUCAACUCUCCCAAAGAUUUCAUCUUUAACGUUAAUCCGAAUCCCAUCAGUUUUCUGAAAUGUAUAUGAAAAGAGGGAGAUCAAGCCAAGAUAUAGAAAUGGGUUCUCCGAACUCUUCCAUUGUUGAAGACAGUGAUGGCAGCUUUUGCUUAUCUGAUGCAGAAGAUGAGCCAUGGCAUUCUUCUUCCCGUUCAAAUUUCUACGAGCAACAGUCUUCAUGUGUUUCCAGUCAUCAUCUAAGUGGAGCCUCAGAGUUGUGCAGACACUCCAGCAUAUCAGAUUCUUCAAUGGAGGUUGAUUUGGAGAGCUUGAUUUCAGAGGUAGAAGAAAAUGUUCAGAAAUCUGAAACAGAUUGCCGGAUUUGUCAUUUAAGUUUGGAGAUCUAUAGUCAGGAUUCCGGAGGUCCAAUGGUCUUGGGUUGCUCUUGCAAACAUGAUCUAGCAUCUGCACACAAGCAAUGCGCAGAGACUUGGUUCAAGCUCAAAGGAAACAGGACAUGUGAGAUUUGUGGAUUAACAGCUAAAAAUGUGGCUGGAAUUAGCGAGGCUGAUCAGUCUGUUGAGCAUCCAAAUGAAACAAGCAGCGGCUCAGCAUACGCAGCGCCUCCACCACUGCCGCCACCACAGGCCGAAACUACUAGACUUUUCUGGCAGGGUCAUAACAUUCUGAACUUCCUUCUGGCCUGCAUGGUCUUUGCAUUUGUUAUCUCCUGGUUCUUUCACUUCAAUCUCCCUGACUGAGUUCAUAUUUGUCUUAUUUUAUUGGUUGUGCAGUAUAUUUAUUGCUUUAUAUAGCUCUAUUUUUGGAGGAAUUAUUAGACAUACAUACAGAUUUGUGAUAUUUUGAUGUUAUUUUAGUGAAUACCAUCUAAUCUACACAUA